AUGGCCUCCCCCGUGCCCGAGGAGGAGAAAGACUCGCUAGCCAACGUGCGGAUAAACGCCUACUCCCACAAUGUCCAGAAUAUCCCGCCGUACGUCCUCGAUACCCUCCUGCUGGUCCACUACAAGGACGAGCUCAAUAACAGCAACGUCAACACCGUGGGGCCUGCCAUCUGGCACACAAAUCAGCCUCCCGGGUGGGCAGGCAAAAACGACGAUGUUAUCCCGUUCAAUCCUUACGUCCAGGACGACUACGUCAACCGUUUGGGCAACAACUGGCACAACCUUGUCAACUCGGUGAGGGACCCCCAAGCGCGGCCAGACUACAAAUUGGACGAAAACAUACUAGACGACAGGCUCCAGGGGACCUGGGGUGGUGAUAAACGGUUGAAGGAAGCGCUUUUGGGCGAGGACGUCUACGACGACGUCGAGAGCGAUAAUGGCAAUCACAAGCGACGCCACCGCAAACCCGGGUACUGGUUGCAACACCAGAACCGCAAGACGUUCCUCGAGCUGAUCCAGCUGACGAUAUUGUACAACCGAUGGCUUCCGUUGAUUUUCCGUAUACUUCUCGUCACCUGUUGUUGUUGCGCCUUGGGGAUGGCGUGUACCAUCUUUCGCGGCACGAAGAAGUACAUCGAGUUUGGCCAGGAGCCGCUGACGAUCAUGGCCAUCUGCGUCCAGCUGAUUGCGUUGGCGUACUUGUUAUACAUCGCCUACGACGAAUUCACGGGGAAGCCGUUGGGGCUCCGUAACGCCCUGGCCAAGCUCCUCUACAUCUUGCUCGACUUGGUGUUCAUCAUCUUCUCCCUGGCCAACGUGCUGUUGGCGUUCAAUACGUUGUACGACAGCAGGUGGGUGUGCCGCGAGGACGUCACCGGGCGGGUACCGGUGGUCACGAACAUCUGCCGCCGCCAGCGGGCGCUCACGGGGUUCUUGGUGAUGGUGAUCUUUUUCUGGUUGGUCAACUUCUGUCUCUCGACCACCAGAGUGAUCGUAAAGUUCACCAACGCCUCUAGGUGA